AUGGCGCGUCGCUCGGCUCGCAUCGCGGGCGCUUGCAAGAGAACUACGGCUUCGCCCGCCCCUAGAAUGGGAUCCGUCUUCGAGGACGGUGAGCCGUCCGAAACCCCGACUACCACGCGCCGUCUUGACACGAUUGCCUCUUCCCCGAUGGCUAAGCCCACCACCCCAUCUUUAGCUACGCCAGUCAAGCUCCCCAUGUCCGAAAUGCACCCGAGCAAGGCCCACCCGACCACCGCAGCACCUUCGUCCGGCACUAAGCUUGGCUUCGUCGACAUCGACUACACCAGAACGCCUGCCGAGCAGAUCGCCCUGGCCCGCGAUACCCCUUCCAAGACCCCGUCGCUCCUCCCGUCGUCUGCCUUCACCUUUCGGAAGACCCUCUCCACCGCCGACAAUGCGUUGAGCCCCGAAACUAAAAAGAUGAUGGAAGCUAUUCGCGACCACGGUGCCAGAAUCAAAGCCGACCUUGUUGCUCAGAGUAACCAGGCGAGGCUUGAUGGAGAUGAGUCGUGCGACGCCCGCAAAAUCCGACGAGCUAAAGGCAAGAUGGACCGCUUCAGUGCUGUCCAUAUAGCCGAGUUUAAGAAGAUGGAUUCCAUCGAGAACCAUCCUUCCGUCCUUCGAAACGCUUCCAAUCGCAACGCCCUCAAAGCAGGCGUAAAGCGGAGCCAGUCAAACGCUGACCUCGAAAAUCCCGACUCAGUACAGUCUGCAGAGUCUUCUUCUCGCCCAGCGCCGGCCUUUUCCGAGACCCAGGAUCGUCCCGAUCCUGAGUCUGCCCCGGUGAAGCGUAUGCGACAGAGAGCUGAGGAUGAUGCAUCUGCCCUUCGACCUGUUUCACGCGACGGCGGUUCCAUUCCCCAGCCGAAGAGCAGCGGCAACGAUUCAUUCCGUAGCGGCAUUCCUCGAUCACAGGCCCUUGCUAGCGCCAUGACCCCAACCAAAGCAUCCCUUGCGCGCGCAAAGAGUAUCAAGACUCUUCCUACCACUAACCUGGCCAAGUCUGUUAGCAAACCUGAUCUGAGCGGCCUCUUCAACGACGAAAGCAAGCCGGAUCUCGCUGGCUUAAUUAGAUCUUCCAGUAAGAAGGCUUCCGGUGGUCUGAAAAAGUCGGUAACAGCCAGCGACUUGAGCGCCCCCACGCAUGUUCAAACUCCCGGUCGAUUUGAUAAGGUCAAAUCGCUGUUUAAGAAAUUCACUGGACCUAAGCCCAAGUCCAACAUCCCCCAGCUUACGGCUACCCCUUCUAAGACGUCUCUCCACCCGGGUGUCGACAACGAGCUGCCGCCUGUUCCACUUACUGCUCCGGCGCGAAAGCCGGAACGCCAUGUGAACUUCACACCCCGAACCAAGCCGCCGCCGGAGUUGACGAAUACUCCGUCUCCUGUCAAGUCGAGCCUCCCGCUCUCCAAGGCGAUGGCGCAGCGGCUCCCGACUAGCGCUAGCGGCAAGCUCGCCGCCGUCGUUGGCAAGCCCGCGGGCGAGAAAGCGGCCCCGUCUAGCGAUGAGGUAGCGUAUCCAGACUUGUCCGCCUACUGCCGCAACAUCGGCGAGAACGCGAGCGAGAGCCCAGAGAAGCCGGGUGAGAAGCCGGGUAAGGCGCACCUGCCGGCGUCGGUCCCCGGCACCUUCACCUUCCGCAGCGACCACACGAUCCGGUUCGACUGCAGCUCGCCGCGGGGGUUCGGCGCCGCGGCGGGCCAGGCGAGCGUGCGCCAGGUGCGCCACUCGGUGCUGCCGGGGGCGUGCGCGCCGGUCCUGAUGCCAGGGAGCUUCCCGCGGCUCGCCGCCGCGGCCGACGCGGCGUCGGCGUCGCCGAACAAGGAGAACCAGGACCCGGGGCUCGCGGGCGUCGGCGUCGGCAUCCCCCACGGCAUGUCGAACAAGAAGCGGCACCGGACCAGCUGGGCCGAGGAGGAGGCGGAGGCGGCGCAGCAGGAGCGCGGGCGCGAGCAGGACGAGGGCGGCGCCCGCGCCGCCAAGAAGGCCCGCAGGGAGGCGCCGCUCGAGGGCCACGCGGUCGUCGCGCCCCGCCUCGUCGCCGCCGGCGCCGCGGCCCUCUGCUCACCCGACAAGAAGAAGGUCCCCGCCCCCCUCGCCGCCACCCCGAGCCCUCUCAAGAAGAAGCGCACUGGCGGCCUCACGCGCAGCCGCCUGAACAUGCUGGCCCGGCCGAAGAUCCGCAAGUAGAGAAGGACAGAGAGCUGCCAGCCGGCGUCGAACACGCGCGCGUAGAUGCCGCUUUGGACUGGCGGCGCUUUUUAUGCCACGCGGGCGAGGGCUCUCCCUGCCGCUCUGAUACAUGGAAGCACUGACCUUUCUCUCCCGUUCUUUCCACGAGCUACUACUACCACCGCCGCCGCCGCCGCCGCUUGUGCUGCUUACCGCGCUACCGCUACUACGCCCCACUCCUCCUCCUCGGCUCUCGCAUCGCAUACGGUUGAUUUCUGCACUGCAUUCGGGGGGGAGAAAAACGGCACGGCGACACGGGGCGUCGUCGUCGUCGUCGUAGGACCACGGAGAAGCUUCUCUAGAUGGAGACGGAUGCUUCUCCGCUGCUUGUCUGUUCGGGGGUCUUGUUUUUUAACCCCCUCCCGCUCACUAGCACACUGUUGCUGUUUUCCUAAGGGUACCUGUUGUUUCGGCGUUGGUUUGCAAGGUAUGGCGUGGUACUGCUGUUGCUCUUAUAGCUGCUCCUAGGGGCCUGGGCGGGGAUGGGAAUGGAUCAAAGGCUACGCUACGGCGCGCUCCCGCAUUCAAGGUCUUUCUUCCCGUGUAGAUACAUAGGGUUAGGUACCAAACGAUGGCAUGAGAAAUUUUAUGGUUAC